AUGGGCAUUUCUGAUGAGAUUGCGGCAGUGAGGGACCUGAUGGUCACGGAGUUCAACAAGCUCAAUAGGGAAGUCGCGGGACUUAACACUAAGGUGGCCGCCCUGCAUAAACAGCUCCAACACAUGGCACUGAGCUUCGACGAUAACAACACCAAUGACAAGACAGUUCUAUAUACCUCUAGUACACUGGAUAUUACUACGGCUGAAAAGGAAAAUGAAAAAACCAAGGAAAAGUCGGAGAAAUUCUCACCGGGAAGUUCAACUGGGACCCGUGGGGAAGACUGCGAGGAAUACAACGAGCCGGCUGAAGACAGUAAAAGCAGCUCUUCGAGGAAGUCCCAUCGCCGUAAGGAUUCCUUCAUGAGCACUGUAUCCAAUGAUGCUGAAGAACUUGCAAGUACGCGGGGUACUCGAGAUGGCUUAUCUGAUGUUGGCCUAUAG